AUGAGUGCAAUUCUCCUUGGAUCAACAGGCUUGGUGGGCAAUCAAAUAUUGGCUCAUCUUCUGGAGUCAGAUCAUUAUAAGCACGUAACUACAGUAAGUCGUCGUGAGCCAAGCAUCAAUAGUGACAAAAUAGAAGCCAUCGUCGAGAAGGACUCUAGUAAAUGGGGCGAUAUAAUUGAAAGUACAGAGGGUGAUGCUUAUUUCUCCGCAUUUGGAACUACAAGAGCAGCUGCAGGGUCUGCUAAGAAGUUCGUGGAGAUUGAUCAAGGCAUCAAUGUAGAGUGUGCGAAAGCUGCGAAGAAAGCUGGAGUGAAGACCUUUGUAUUGAUUUCAUCCAUGGGAGCCAAUCCUGACUCUUUUUUCUUGUAUUUUAAGACCAAGGGCCGCAUUGAAAAGGAAGUUCUUGAUCUUAAAUUUCCCAGGACAAUCAUAUUGCGUCCAGGUCUUUUAUUAGGACAGAGAGAAACUUCAAAGGGACUCUUAGUUUCUUUAAUGGUCAAGUUCGGGGAAUUAACUCACGGUAAUAUGUUUGCAUUUCCUACAUACCCCAUAUAUGGCAAAGAGUUGGGAAAGAUCGCUGUUGAUUUAGCUUCAAAAGCUACUUCAAAUAGCUCACCUGACGUUCAAAUUUACGAGGGUAAGGAGCUCACUGAGAUGGCCAAAAAACUUUAG